AUGCCAACACCAGGAGGAUUUGCAUUCAGUUUAGCGUCAGGAGCAGCCAUAAGGCUUUUCCAAACCGGUCUUAGUGGCUCACCACCAAAAUUAUCGCAAAAAUUGAUUGGUUAUGCUUCAAUUAUGACCUUGACUGGAUCAUUUUACUAUUUCAUAUUGGACCCUUCAAUCAAUGCCAAUAGGGAACUAUUGAGUAGAAGAUUGGCGGCAUUGAGAGAACAAAGAGAAAGAAAGCUGGAUUUGGUUACUUUUGAAGAACAAGAACAUAGAUUGUUUACUGCCAAGGACAAGGGAAGAUUCUUUAGAUUGUUUGAUAAGUAUAGCCAGCCUUACAAGUAG